AUGGCAACGACGCUUACACUGAACGAAAACGACGAAUCGGCCGUGCAUGGAAGUGCGCCGCAUGGGGCCCUCACGCCCGCCGACGAGUCGAGUCCGAUCCGCAUUGUGGAUGCGAUCUCCUCGUCGGAGUUCUCCAAGACGUCGUACAUUGUGUAUGUGAUUGUGUCGCCUGGGCACGAGUCCAAGCGGCGGUACUCGGACUUUGAAGCGCUGCGCGAGGCGCUUGUUGAGCUGCACCCGACGCUGAUCCUCCCGCCGCUCCCGUCCAAGCACACCCUUGUGGACUAUGCCACGAAGCAGGGGCGUGCCAAGUCGGACCCGGCGCUGCUGGCGAGGCGAAAGCGCAUGCUCGAGCGGUUCCUGCGGCGCAUUGACACGCACCCUGUGCUGCGUAUCGAUGUCGUGUUUCGCCGAUUCCUGGACGCGCGCUACACCUGGCAUGAAAUUACGCGGCUCCCGCCGCUCUCUACGCUGCCCAAGAACAACCUGGCGGCGCCGCCGCAGAACCCCGCGGACCCAGAUGCACCGGUGUGCUACUCGGUGCUGCCGCUGCCGCUGCACCCCGGCAAGUUGGCGGCGCCCCACAAGCGGUUCCAGGAAUCCGAGGCCUUUACGGACCGCUUCCAAACGCACAUGGGCCAUACCAUGGAGCCUGCGAACCGGCGGCUUAUGCGUCGCUGGUACGAUAUCGCCGCCGACAUGGCGGACAUGGGCGCGCUCUUGAAUGCGCAGAGUGUGGCGGAACACCACCGUGCGCUGGCCACGGCGUUCGAGCGAACGGGCCAGGCCGCCGAUACAAACUACCUCUCUCUCACCGAGAUGCUUGCCGGCUGGGAAGCGCAAAUCGCCGAGCCGCUGUACGAGUAUACCCAGUACGCAUCGAUUCUGCAGCGGAUCAUCAGGUGGCGCCAUCUCAAGCACCAGCAGUUUGAGCUAGCGCAGGAGAUGUUGGAAGACAAGCGCCGUCGUCUCCACGAGCUGGAGCGCAUCGAAGCCAACUCGGCGCGCCUGAUGCAGGCGCUCGAGAAUGGAGGACACGGCCUCGUGCCGCGCGCCACGCCUGUCCGGGCCGCGGCGCCCACCGUGUCCGUGUACGGCCGGGCGGCCGAGGACGAGGAGGACGAGGAGGAGCCGCCCGCGGCUGCCGAGCCAGAGCCACCGGCGCCUGCGCCCAAGCCGCAGCCGGCCGCGCGGGCGGACGCGUCGGCGCCGGCGCCGGCGCCGGCCCCGUCCCCGGCCCGGCGGGGAUUCCUCGGCUCGCUCAGCGACUCGCUAGCGCAAAUGAUGGACAUGAACUCGGACAGCACGCGCCAGAGCUCUAUCUCUCGUUUGCGCGAAGAGACAAUCCUGCUACAGGAGGCGAUGGAUCUGACUGCAAAGGACCUGGAUUUCUGCAACCGCACGAUCCAAGCGUCGCUGGACCGGUUCCAGCGGCUCAAAGUCGCCGACUUUCGGCAGCUCAUGCUCGACCUCGUGCGGCUCCACCGCGACAUGUGCGCCAAGAACCUCGAGGCAUGGCGCGCUGCGAAGGAGGCCGUAGAUGAGGUGGGGCCCGAUGCCUGGGCAGGGAUGCCCGAGGCGCACCUGGCGCCGAAGCGGCGGGGGCCCCAUGCGUGGAGGCCAGAUGCAUGA